CUCUCCUUCACUGACGAAUCCCCUCACCACUGCCUGACCCUUACUGGUCACCCUUUGACUCCGUGUAAUAAUUUAGAGGAGACUCCUCUAACCAAUGCAGAUUUUUCAUGGUUUACUGAUGGUUCUUAUUUAAAGGGAGAAAGUGGUAAAGAUUGUGCUGGGUAUGCCAUUGCAACUCCUUUUGAUAUUGUUGAAGCAGCGCCUUUACCUACAGCUUAAUUAUGCAACAGGCUGAAUUAUAUGCCCUCACUGAGGUUUGUAGUUUAGCCAAGGGCAAAACUGCAAACAUUUAUACUGAUAGUCAGUAUUCCUUUGGAGCAACCCAUGACUUUGGAAUAACAUGGAAACAAGGUUUCCCUACCUCUAAUGGGGAAAAGAUUAAAAAUGGCUCUUAUAUGCAAAAUCAGUUAGGCGCUAUACUCUUGACAGCUGCCUUGACUAUUAUUAAGAUCCCUGGGCAUUCCAGGCUUGAGUCCCUAUAGGCUGAAAGAAACCACCUUGCUGAUAUUUCUGCCCCAAAUGCUGCUCUCGAAGGAACCAAUGACCAAACUUCCGGUGUGAUCCAAAAGGAUGCUCCCCAAGAUAACCAUCUAGAAAUGCCCAAUGCCCCAGAAAAGGAAAAACAGUAUUGGGGAUCUAGGAACUGCUGGUUCAGUAGAAAGAGAAAACUCUGGUUUGGGCCAAAUAACAAACUGGUCCUCCCAGAAAUUCUGAUUCCCACACCUCAGCACUGUACAUGCAUUGAACUCUUGGUCCAGUGACAAAAUGAUAGCAUUCAUGAAUGAAUGUUGGUGGGGAAAUAUUAAUAAGGCCACAAAAAGUACCUCCCUUCUUGUCCCACCUGUUCAAAAUACAAUCCAGGGAAACCUGUUUGCACUGUUCCCAGACACUUUGAAUUGCGUAAUGGGCCAUUCAAAGUUUGGUAGAUGUAGAGGGGAAAGCGGGGGAGGGAUAAAUCAGUAGAUUGGAAUUGACAUAUAUAGACUACUCUGUAUAAAAUAGGUAACUAAUAGGGACCUGUUGUAUAGCACAGGGAACUCCACUCAAUACUCUGUAAUGACCUAUAUGGGAAAGAAUCUAAAAAAGAGUGGAUAUACAUGUAUGUAUAAUUGAUUCACUUUGCUGUACACCUGAUACUAACGCAACAUUGUAAAUCAACUAUAUUCCAAUUAAAAUAAAAGUUUGGUAGAUGGAUUUCACAUAGCUGUCCCAAUCUCAUGGAUAUAAAUAUAUUUUAUUACAUGGUCUGUAUGUUUUCUCAUUGGAUUGAAGCCCUCCCUUGCAGACAGGCCACUGCUUCUUCUGUGGCUACAAUUUUGAUAGAAAAGAUUAUCCCUACCUGGGGAACCCUUCUUGAACUUCACAGUGAUCAAGGAACCCAUUUUACUGGUCAGGUGCUUCGACAAGUUUGUGCUCUUUAACUGGUUUUACAGCAUUUUCACUGUACUUUCUAUCCUCAAUCCUCAGUUAGUGGAACGUUCUAAUGGCAAUAUUAAGACCUAGUGGGCAAAAUUCAUAGAGACCCGCCCCCAAAAAAGCAUUGCCAUCGGUCCUUCUAAAUCUCAGAUCCACCCCUUUCAGAACUCAAACUCUCACCCUUUGAGGUAGUCACAGGACACCCAAUGUUCCUUGCCCCACCCACUUUUGACCCACAGCUGAUGAAAGGAGAUAUAUUUCAAUAUUGUAAAGGCCUGAUUGCGUCUAUUAAAAAUAACAAUGCUUGGUAGAGCAAUCUUCUUCAUAGUGCGCUCUUGGGAGACGAAGACCUUAAGCAUCACACCUUUCAACCUGGAGAUUUCGUGUACUGGAAAAGACACCUCGAGAAGGACUCUCUUCAACCUCACUGGAAAGGCCCCAUCAGGUACUGCUAACCUACCCUUGUGCCUCCAAACUUCAGAGAACAGACUCUUGGAUUCAUGUGACACAUCUAAGAAAGCACCAGACCCUACCUGGACCUGCACACCGUCUGGUGACCUGAAGGCCUGUGCAUGCUUCUCACCCCCCCACGGCCAUGGCCCUGGUCAGCAUCAACCAGCUGCCCGAGAGCAUCCUGCUGGAGGUGUUCACGCACCUGCCCGCUCGCCAGCUGCUGCUGAACUGCCGCCCUGUCUGCAGCCUCUGGCGCGACCUCAUCGACCUUGUGACCCUCUGGAAGCGCAAAUGCCUGCAUGAGGGCUACGUCACUGAGGACUGGGACCAGUCCGUGGCUGACUGGAAGGUCUUCUACUUUCUGUGCAACCUCCGCAGGAACCUCCUGCGCAACCCGUGUGCCGAAGAGGAUAUGAGAUCCUGGAAAAUCGACUCCAACGGAGGGGACCAGUGGAAGGUGGAGAGCCUCCCCGGGGCGCAUGGCACAGACUUCCCUGACCCCAAAGUCAAGAAGUACUUUGCCACGUCCUAUGAGAUGUGUCUCAAGUCGCAGCUGAUAGACCUCAAAGCCGAGGGCUACUGGGAGGAGCUACUGGACAAGUUCCGGCCGGACAUCGUGGUUAAGGACUGGUUCGCCGCCAGAGCGGACUGUGGCUGCACCUACCACAUCCGAGUACAGCUGGCCUCGGCCGACUACAUCGUCCUGGCCUCCUUCGAGCCCCCGCCCAUGACCGUCCAUCAGUGGAACGAUGCCAGGUGGACAGAGGUCUCCCACACCUUCUCGGAUUACCCUCCAGGUGUCCGCCACAUCCUCUUCCAGCACGGGGGCAAGGACACCCAGUUCUGGGCAGGCUGGUACGGUCCCCGCGUCACCAACAGCAGCAUCGUCAUCAGCCACAGGGUGACCAGGAGCCCGGCCCCCUCCGUGGCUCCGCGCUAGACCAUGCAGGGGCCAGAAGAGGUGGCCCGCCUGCCCUCCCCCCUCCCCCUCCACAGGCCCUCCUGACAGCCUGUCCUCCGACAGCCAUUCAUCCGUCUUCGAUUCAUCCGUCUUCCAUCUGGGCCAGCCGAUUGCCAAAGGUCCCCUCCAGGCAAGGCAUGAGCCUGUAGGGGGCAGCGAGGCCCCCUGCCCCAGUUCCCACCUGGGGCAAACCCACCAUUCUGUGAACUUAAUUAUCACGUAGCUCUGACAGACAUUUUGUUGUAAUAAAUGUUUUCAGUAAAACCAGCCUGGGGUCGGGUCUAGGGGUCGGGGUACAAGGUCCUCGGCACUUUGGUAGAGAAGCAGCCUCCCUCCCCUCCAGGGAGUGACAGCCCAGCUCAGCCCUGGGGGCUCUUUAUUGAAACAACUCACAGCACAGUAUUUGAGGCAGCGCUGGCCAGCGGAAUCCCAGGAGGCUGAGAAAUUGAGGUCCCAGCACCUGUCCCUGCCCUCCUGGGGAGGAUUCCUCCAUGAAGGCAACCAAGCCUGAGCAGCCCCGGGCUGGAGGGUGGGUGGUCCAUACAUAGAGGCAAUAAGAGCACUUGGAAUCAGAGUGACCCUGCAGCACUGCCCUAGGCUGGGCCCCCAAAGUCCGACAGUUGUGGCAUCCACGGUGGGCAGGCACACCCUCAGCUGCUUUUAUGAGCUCGCUCUUCCACGUAGAGCUGCAUCUGAUGGACAGGAACGAACACCAUGGUCAGGUGGACAGCCAGGGCAGCUACUCUGGAGAACCCACGGGGUCUCCGACAAGGGUGGGCUCUGUGGCCCCAGCCAGGGUUUAAGGGAAAGAGGGAGUUGGGAGCAUAAAGCCAGGCAUGCCCUGGUCAUCUCCCCCGAGCCUUGAUCCAGAAGCCGCCUGCCAGGGCCUCAGCACACCCUAAAUAAAGCACACUCAGGCCCAAGCAGCUUACCUUUAA